AUGUCCUCCUCGGCCCAUGCGCCAAACCCGAUUCUCAAGAAAUUAUCAAUUUCUUCCUCACACCAAGGACAACAAGCGAUGCCAUCCCUUGUCUAUCCCCUGGAAAACGAAAUCUAUCAGACCAUAUACGAUAUCGAAGACAGUUAUGACAAACUCCUUUCCGCUGUCGGACGCCUUGUCGGGCGUCUUUUCGUCAAAUCUCAGUCAUACCAAGAUCUUUCGUUUGUUAUAGAACAGUCGGCUGCCCGCAGCAAAGAUUUUGUCUUUAUCGUGGAGAAUACGCUGCAGCGCCUCAAAAUCACCCAUCAGGCAGCACAAAUUUUGAUCGGAGGCGUGAGAAAGGCAACACAGUCUUUAGUGUCUAUCAUACAUACACAAGGAAGCAGUCGUGACCUUAGUGACCCUCCCUUAUCAAUAUCUUUCGAUCUUGAACCUGUCUUUUCCUUUGCGAUGACCCUUAUCCGAGUAGCAAGUAGGCUAUCAUGGAAGACACAUGACAUUUUACAACAAAUUGGCGAAGAAUGCCAACUAUAUCGACAGGUCUCAGUAUCUAUGGGCGUGGCUUCCGAAAGUCAUAUGUUGAGCGACCUAGAAAGACCGAUUUCAGAUUUCCCUAUAUCCCCAACACGCUCUACAAGUUUAGGGCAAUCCGUACACUACACAUCGGCAGCGCACUUCGAUGACAGAUCAACAUACGAUUCUAUCGAUUUCUAUAGCGCAAGUCAGAAAUUAUCCCAAAACGAGAUGUUCACAGGAUCAAGCAGCCAUGACCAAAUAAGUGGGGGGCUGCUUCAAAAGGAACGCCAUGUCCAUCCUCGCAUGGCACGUUCUCAAGCCUGCGAGCCAUAUGGCGCUUACACAACAGAGGAUGAAGUGCUGAGCCCCGUCCAAGCUGAACGACGAAUUAAUUUCUCGAGAUUAUAUCAUGGGCCAAAUCGCUGCAAAACCCCAUUUACCAAUUUCGCUAUUCCGGAGACAGCAGGCAACCGGGCUGAGGGUGUACAGCGCGUCUUCAGCGAGGAACUUCAAUCAUCAAAAGGAUCUACACAAAGGAACGCUUUUGAGUCAGUGUCUUCUCCCGAAAUCCCACCGAAGCUUAGUUUCGAUGAAAACUUGGAGGUCAUUGGUGGUACCCUCAGUGGGUUCGUGGAGUAUCUCACUUCUCAGCGGUCCAUUUGCGACACGAGAUUCAAGCAUGCAUUUUAUCUUUCGUUCAGAUUAUUCUGUACGCCCGAAGAACUAGCGAAACAACUCAUUGAUCGAUUCCACAUCAGCUCAAACUCCUCUGCCCCGAACAAGAUUCAGUUAAGAGUUGGCGAUGUUUUUUUGAAAUGGCUUGAGUUGUAUUGGUGUUCCUGCCUUGAUAAGGAUGUUAUUGAGAGGAUUGCUUCAUUUGCAUCCAGUCUCUCUUCAACCCAUCCGAUUCUUAGCCAAAGGCUGGUGGUAUCCAUUCAGCGCGUGCGUGGUCACACAAUGCACAAGUCUUGCCCAACACUGGUCACUGGUGAGGCUACAUGUGUUACCGACGACGUGGUUCCCUCAAAGGCCAUGGGACACCGAACUCAGCUAAGCCGCACAAUACGGUUUGGGUUAAAAAGGCUGGGGACCAGCAUGCAGUCGUCCGACAUCCUUGCAUUCGACUCUAUAUCAUUUGCCCACCAGCUAAUCGUCAACCAGAUGGGCCUCUUUUGCUCCAUAAAGCCAACCGAACUUGUGGGCAGUGGGUGGAUGAGUACUACUGUUGACUCCGCACCCAACGUUAGGGCAAUGAUACACUUCACGAAUCGACUCUCAUAUGUUGUGAUCGAGACCAUCCUCCAAUGUCGGACAAAGACCAGACGUGGUCAGAUAAUCGAGCACUGGAUCAAAAUUGCACAAGAGUGCUCCAAUCUUCGCAAUUACGAUGGGCUGGUCGCCCUUCUGUCUGGUCUUGGGCAUAGCUCUAUCGCUCGGCUUUAUCAAACGUGGAAUUCAGUAUCACCCACGGCUCUACACGACCUGGAAGCAUUGAAGGGUCUUGUUAGUCCUUCGCACAACUUCAAAUGCCUUCGGACAUCGCUGAGAUGUUCAAAACUUCCAUGCCUGCCCUUCCUUGGGAUGUACCUAACUGAUCUGGUCUUUGUAGAUACGGCUCACCCGUUAGUAGAACCGGACCUACAAAGUGAACUAGCAUCUGGACAGGUCUACAUAAACUUUUCGAAGUGUCUCAAGACUGCAAAGAUUAUAAGACAGCUACAAAAUUUUCAAACUUCAUAUCAGCUGCCAGAAGAUCCACGCAUUCAGCAAUGGAUAUCUUCCAGUAUGGUAGAGUUUGAUAAGAGUAACACUUGCAGCCUAGACGCACGUGCAUAUGAAAGAAGCUUAAUACUAGAACCUCGCAAUACAAAACAAGUUUAA